UGCAUGAACCAGUUUUCUUAUAAAUACCCCAUUCACCCAUUACACAAAGAAUGUUCUCAUCUGUUUCCUCUAAAUUUCACUCUCAACAAUCUAAACCCAUCACCAUAAGUAAGAUUUUUUCAUCCUUUCCAAAGAGAAAAAAAAAAAAGUAACCAUGUUUGGAAAUAUAGAUUUUGAAAAUGAUUAUACCCUUCUUGAAUCAAUUAAGCUUCAGUUACUUGAAGACUUGGGAUGGGAAAAUCAAAUAACAACAACAAGCUCCGAAAAUUCAACCUCAACUUACAGCCGAAACAACAGCAUUGAGUCCAAUACGUUUCCUGAUUACUUGUCAAAUGAAUUUAAUUAUACAGAAGACACAUUUCUUUCCGACAUCCUUAAUGAUGGCAUUAGCUAUGGAUCCCAGCUGUCUGAUCCUGCAAUCCCCGACGUCAAAUUAGAGCCUCAAAGUUCAGUUCAACAACAUACCCAGUAUGAUCACACCAGCUGGGAUCUGGAGAGAGUAGAGUGUACACAGACCUUACCCCUACCUUUACAGGCUGUUUCUGAUAAAUCCUCGGCUCAAAUUUCAGUUCAAUCACCUGAAAUAUGGAAUUUUGCGGAACUUGUCGCUCCACCGGAGGUGAAAGAGGAACAACUAGUAGUGGCAGCGCUGCCGCCGCAGAAGGCGAAGCAUUAUAGAGGAGUGAGACAGCGGCCGUGGGGGAAGUUUGCGGCGGAGAUUAGGGAUCCAGCGAAAAAGGGGCAAAGGGUAUGGCUGGGUACAUAUGAGACGGCGGAGGAUGCAGCGUUUGCUUAUGAUAAGGCAGCGUUUCGCAUGCGGGGAUCACGUGCAUUGCUGAAUUUUCCGUUAAGGGUUAAUUCUGGUGAACCUGAACCUGUUAGAGUUGGUUCUAAGAGAUCGUUAAUGUCGCCGGAGCACUCUUCAUCGUCGGAUAAGAGGAGGAAGAAGAUUGCUCAAGGAGCAUAAGUGGGUCAGGUUCGGUUUUCUCAAUGAUUACAUAGUUGGGUUUAAGAGUUCUGAUAAAACUGUAGGCCUGUGGUUGAAUGAAUGAAUUUCCAUUGUAAAGUACUCCGCUAUGGCACUAUCAUAAGUCAUAACGCUGAAAUUCUUCCUUUUCCCCAUUAAUGAUGUAAGUUUUGUUGAGAAUAGUUAAAUUUGUCCUAGAAUAAGUGUCAUCUUAGCAAAAAACACGUUCAUUAAAAAUUAAUAAAUAUAAUAUAGAGUUUACUAAAUUAUUUCUAUUUUUUAGGUGAUUUUUUG